AUGGCUCUUGUUUCAGGAAUUAAACUUGAAAACCAUGAGGAAAAUCGUGGGAGAAUUGUGCUUUCUAUAGAAGCACUAACUGAAGAAAGGUACCCAGUGGAUGGCGUGAGCAAGAUUCUGGGGCACCCAGGUGGAGGGCGACCUCAUUCAGGUCAACCCUUCCGGAAGAGAUACAGUGGCAGGACUCUUGAGUUUCGGUCUGAGAAGCCACACUCUACUUUUUUCCAGAAUUCAUUCUUGAUUUUGUUCAGGUACACACUGAAUAUCCUCGAAGAAAUUGGUGGUGGGCAGAAGGUCAAUGAUGACAUUAUUGUCAACUGGGUGAAUGAAACAUUGAAGGAAGCAGGGAAAAGUUCAUCCAUCUCUAGUUUCAAGGACCCAAGGAUUAGCACAAGUCUGCCUGUUCUGGAUCUCAUUGAUGCCAUUCAACCAGGUUCUAUUAAUUAUGACCUUCUGAAGACAGAAAACCUGGACGAUGAAGAGAAACUCAACAAUGCAAAGUAUGCCAUCUCUAUGGCCCGAAAAAUUGGAGCAAGAGUGUAUGCGCUUCCAGAAGACCUGGUUGAGGUGAACCCCAAAAUGGUCAUGACAGUGUUUGCUUGCCUCAUGGGGAAAGGAAUGAAGAGGGUGUGAGGCCCAGCGGGGCAGGGUAGGAGGCAGCGCCCUGAGUCCUGACUGCCCUGCACAGGAAGCUCCCAGGACGCACGGGACGAUUCCAGCCAUUCCAAAGUUUCAACUGGUGACACUGUACAGGAUUCCAAAGAGCACUUAUUUGUUCAGCCAAGUAGCCUCUCCUGUAUUUAACAAAAAGUGCUUCACUCUUUGCAGAAGACCCAAUCUCCUACAAUUAUUUUUUAUUCUUGAUUUAUUUGCUUCUUUGAAAAUCUACAGAAAAAAAGAAUUUAUUUUCCAAGUACCCUUCCUGCUUUUGCUAUUAGUCGAGGAUAGAAGCUGCACUGUUAUUAAUUUUGACAUAAUUUUUCAAGCCAGUUUAGUGGAGCUGCCUUAUUCUUU